GCGGAGCAGCCUCGGCUCCAAUCUCGGCGGCGGCUGCGGCGGUCCGGUCUGGGUCCGGGUCCGGGUCCGGGUCGGGCCUCCGAAGGAGGGGAGAGGGAGCCUGCUGCGGGCAAGAAGGCACAGACGGAAGAGCAAGAGGAGGAAGAUGUUAGACUGGGACCUUCUAAAGAUGAAGGCCAUUGAGCCCUAUCAAGAAAUCCUGGAGGUAUAUUUGAUCAAUGCCAAGAACUAUGUAAAUGGACACUGCACCAAAUAUGAACCCUGGCAGUUGAUUGCAUGGAGUGUGCUGUGGACCUUGCUGGUGGUGUGGCUCUAUGGGUUUAUCUUCCAGUCUGAGAGCUUAUUUUCAAGGGCCAAAAAGAAGUUUUUUAGAGUCAUCAGAAGAGUCCCUAUUAUUGGUACUAAGAUCCGGGAGAAAUUUAACAAGACCAGGGAAGACAUUGUCAAGCACCUGUCAUUUCUGAAAGUGGACCAAGAGUAUGUGAAAAACCUACCCGCUGAAGGUUUAAGCACAUCUGACCUUCUGGAGAGGCUCAAGGACUACAGCUCCCUGGGAAAUUCACAUUGGGAAGAUGGGAAAGUCUCAGGGACAGUGUACAGUGGUGAUGAGAAACUCACGGAACUUCUCGUGAAGGUUUAUGGAGAUUUUGCAUGGAGCAAUCCGUUACACCCAGAUGUCUUUCCAGGGACUCGGAAGAUGGAGGCGGAGAUUGUGAGGAUAGUUUGCACUCUCUUUAAUGGUGGACCAGAGUCUUGUGGUUCUGUGACUUCAGGGGGGACAGAGAGCAUCCUGAUGGCCUGCAAAGCCUAUCGAGACCUAGCUUAUGAAAAGGGCAUCAAAUUUCCAGAAAUUGUGGCCCCCGUCAGUGUCCACGCAGCCUUUGAGAAGGCAGCCCAUUAUUUUGGGAUGAAGCUGGUACGUGUUCCACUGAAUAAGAAGAUGGAGGUGGACGUCAAGGCAAUGAGAAGAGCCAUUUCCGGUAACACUGCAAUGCUUGUCUGUUCAGCGCCUCAGUUCCCCCAUGGGGUGAUAGAUCCUGUCCCCGAAGUGGCCAAGCUAGCUGUCAAGUAUAAAAUCCCUCUCCAUGUAGAUGCCUGUUUGGGGGGCUUCCUCAUUGUCUUCAUGCAGCAAGCAGGAUACCCACUGGAUCAGCAAUUUGAUUUCCGGGUAAAAGGCGUGACUAGCAUUUCAGCAGAUACUCAUAAGUACGGCUAUGCUCCCAAGGGCUCGUCUGUGCUGAUGUACAGCAGCAAGGAAUAUAGGCGCUACCAGUUCUUCAUUGCCCCCGACUGGCCCGGAGGCAUCUACGCUUCUCCUAAUAUAGCAGGAUCGCGGCCUGGCGGUAUCAUCGCAGCCUGCUGGGCCACCUUAAUGCACAUGGGAGAAAAUGGCUAUGUUGAGGCCACCAAGAAUAUCAUCAGAACCGCCCGCUUCCUCAAGUCAGAGCUAGAAAAAAUCAAAGGCAUCUUUGUUUUGGGGAAUCCUCAGGUGUCGGUCAUUGCCUUAGGGUCACAUGACUUCGACAUCUUUCGGCUCUCUAAUCUCAUGACUGCCAAGGGUUGGAACUUGAAUGUUUUGCAGUUCCCAUCAAGUAUCCACAUCUGCAUUACCCUGAUUCACACUCGUCCCAAGGUUUCCAUGCUGUUUCUGAAGGAUGUCCGGGAAUCGGUCACACAGAUCAUGAAGAAUCCUAAGGCCAGGACAACGGGCAUGGGCGCCAUUUAUGGGAUGUCCCAGACUGUCCCCGACAGGAAGAUGGUGGCAGAAUUGACAGAGGCCUUCUUGGACAGUCUUUACACCACAGACACCUAUCAGGGCAGUCAAAAGAACGGUUCCCCCAAACCCCACUGAGCCUGUGCCUGGGGAUGCCUUCCGGCCAUGGUCCUGGGCCCAUCUUCAGAGGAAGCCUGCCGCUCUGAGCUGUGGUGGUGGUGGUUCACAUCCCACUGCAUGUGUCACCUGGAGACGUCUGGAUCUGAGGCACUCUUCUCCCUGUCCUCUCCAACUCCCAGCGUUACUAUUGAUUGGAAGAUAACCAGAGGAUUUCCUCAUUUAGUGAUCAUGUCCCUGUUCUGUCCCUUUGUUAUCCAUUUAUUAGCAGUUUCACCCUCCCGUAAUCAUUGUGUUGCUGUUCCGACCUCUCCUGCUUCCUUAGGGAAGUGGAGCAGGAGGAUAGCCUCUCUGCCCUCCCUCUGAGCAGCCUCCGCGUGUCUGUCUUUGUCGCCCUCAGCGGAGGGUUUGUGUGGCUCUCCUAAGGAGGAGCCAUCACUCUGCCUCCUCUGCACUGAUCUGGGCUCCUGUUACCAGCAAGCACCAGGAGGAGGCCCCUGGACCCACUCGUGCAUGAUGGCUUCUUAUUUCGUGGGAGGCCGGCUGCUCUGAGCCAUUGUUUCUGGUGGGAUCAUGUUGGAUCAGUCCAUUUCUUUCCACAGAAAGUGGCUCAGCUCAGUCCUGCCGUCCCACCAAAGGGAAGAUUGGACUGGACUUGCCUGCUAAUACAUUACAAAUCCCCUCUGGA